AUGAUGUCACCUUUGCUCAUCCUUCCUCUGCUGCUGGGGACCACAGCACAUGGCCCAGUGAGCAGAGCAGCAUCUAGGGAUGUCACCACAUUUUUCCAGCUGGCUCAGGAAGAUACUUGGGAGAAUGUAAAUCUUACCAGCAUGUCCUGUGAGGAGUGGAAGAAUAGGACCUGGAUCACCCUGCAGCUGACCAACAGCAGCCUGACAGCUUUCCCCAUCUGCCUUCCGGAGGCCCUGCAGAGCUUGGAUCUCAGCAAUAACCUCAUGGAAGAGGUGAAUGGCACAGAGAUAGCACACCUCCCACAGCUGCGUUUCCUCUCGUUGAGGCACAACCACCUUUUGUCAGUGAGGUGGGGAUCUGAAGCCCUCAGCAGUCUCCUCAAGCUGGACUUGAGCUUUAAUAAGCUGUCAUCUGUGCCAUCCUGCCACAGCUCUGCCCUACCUAACCUGAGGUGGUUGUCCUUGGCUGGAAAUCCACUGAUUGAAAUCCAGCCAUUGGCUUUUUCCUGCUACCCUCAGCUGCAGGUCUUGAACCUCUCUGCAACGCUGCUCGGACAGGAUGACAGCAGAGGAAUUAAGGACUCUGCUUUUGGCAUCAGCACAGAUCCCAAUGAGGCCAUGAACAGGACUGGAAACUCCAUCAGUGUGCUUGAUCUGAGCGGGACCUUUUUUGAGAAAAUUCAACCAGAGUGGGCCAGGGACUUGGCCAACCUCAGAUUACUUCACCUGACAAACAUGCCACGGUUAAGAAGCCUCGAUGGUGACUUCCUCAAGUCCCUGCCUGGUCUCCAAGAGCUGCACUGUCAGGACUCCCAUUCCCUGAGUUUCGUGCAGACAGAGAUGUUUGACAGUGCUGCUCAUCUGAGCCAUCUCUCAUUCGAGAACUGUAACCUGAGUUCUUUUAAUCCUUGGAACACUAAUUCAUCGGAUGGCAUCACCAUCAACUUGUCCGGGAAUCCUCUGCUGUGCAACUGCCAGCUCUCCUGGCUGCUGUCCAAGCCCGAGAAAGUUGUUCUGCAAAAGGUUUGGGAGACUUUUUGCACAUCCCAGGAAGAUUCGGGCAGACCUCCAACAUCUUUUUCACUGCUGGAGCUCUACAAUAAAUGCCAGUCAGAGAGCAAUGUUACACUGUCCGAUACAAACACAUCCCUUCCUGAUCAUGAUGUUUUCAACUUCACCAGUGAUGAAGCCUCUGCUGUAGUAACAACAGACUCAGCUCUGCUGACCAUGGAUUUGACUCCCACCAGCUCCCUAAUCCAGAGGGAUGCAAGGAGCACUGCAGCAUCUAGCCCAGUGCUAACCAAAGAAACUUAUACCAGCUCCCUGAGGCAGGGGGAUGUGAUGAGCACUGCAGCAUCCAACCCAACGGAGCCAAUCCUAACAAAGGCCAACAGUUCCUCCCAUGAGGAGAAGGCAGUUUCUGAAUCCACAAGCAAUCCCCCUUCCUCGGCAUCUGUUAGCUCCUUCCCGGUUUUUCUCCAAGAGCUCUUUGCUCAAUCCCCAGAUCAAAGCUCCACAAGCCCAACUGGAACAGAACAGCUACAGAGAGGGCUCAGAACAACUGACACAACAUUCCACCAGGAAGGGCCUUUCAACCAGACCACCAGUGAUUAUUCCACUGGAGGAACAAGAGUCCCACGCACCACCAACCACCAUAUUCACUCCUUUGCCACCCAUGCCAGGGAAGGUGCACCACAGACAAGCCCCCCACAGCUGAUGUCCACGAGGAGCAGUGCCCACCCAGAGCCUGCAGCCAGCACACCAUCACCUCAUUACACCGAUGACUAUGAUUAUGAGGAGCAGCCAAAGGAAACCCCAGUGCAAACUGCCCACAUGGCCUGUGACUACAAUCCUUGCAGGCACCUGCAGAAGCCGUGCAGGGAGCUCCAGAACAUAUCCCAGUGUUCAUGUCCUGGCACGUCGAGAGAAGAUGAGAUUCCAGACCCACCCAGGCUCAGAGAGGUGAUUGAAAUCACUGACAGCUCUGCACAGAUACGCUGGUGUGCCCCAUAUUCGGUUGUUCACAGUUAUGAGCUGGUGCUUCGUGCCCAAGACAACGAAGACAGGCAGUUUGUCAUGGACAACAUCUACCCCACAGCCAGGCAGUACACUCUGUAUAACCUGCUACCGUUCACCACUUACCACAUCUGUGUCACUGCCUCCAACAAAGCAGGGUCAAGCCAGAAAACAGGCCAGGAAAUUCCAGGUGAUUCAUGCACCAGCUUUAAAACAAAACCCAGCUACAAGUAUGUUUUUGCUGGUCUGUCUGCAUCAAGUGGACUCUUUCUCAUUACCACAAUUAUUUUAUCUGUAUGUCUGUGUAAGGCAUGUAAAAAGCCUCAGAGUGAGCAGUAUGGUACACACUUAGUCUCCUACAAGAACCCAGCAUUUGAUUAUCCCUUAAAACUACAAACCACUAAUUAG